CCCUCCCCGUCCGACUUGCAACCUCUCCUGAAUCCCACCGAUCACGCGAGCUCCCCGCCGCGAUGUCCGAUCACCGAGCGAAGCGGCCGUCCGACGGCGCAGCCACUGUGGCAUCGCCGGCGGCGAAGCGCGCCCGCGACCCGCCCGCGCCGGCGUUACCCACGAACAAGGAAGCUCCCGACAUGGCCCCCAAGACCCGCAUCUUCUGCGACAUCCUGGCCUCCCGCGCCGACGACGAGGAACUGAAUGCCGAGCUCGACAAGGCCGACAUCCGCGUAAGCAUCGCUGACGUCGAGCAGGUGCUCCGCUUCUCCUACGCGCACCCGCGCGCCGCCGCCGCCUUCUUUCGCUGGGCGGGAUACCGGUACCUCGGCCACGAGCACUCCCCCUACUCGUGGAACCUCCUCGUCGACAUCCUCGGUAAGAAUCGCCUCUUCGAGCCCAUGUGGGACACAGUCAAAUCUAUGCAGUCGCAGCAGCUGCUCUCGCUCGCCACUUUCGCCUCCAUAUUCUCCUCCCUGGCGGCGACCCCCGGCGGUUCCCCGCUCAAGGCGUUCAUGGACAUGCCCCGCUACGGCAUGACCCGCGACACGCCGGCGCUCAACUCGCUCCUCUCCGCGCUGUGUCGUGCCAACCGCCUCGACGACGCUCGCGCCGCGAUCCCAGUAGCCCGCGCCGAGGCUGGCACGCGCCCGGAUGCCGACUCCUACGCCAUCCUCCUCGAGGGCAGCGAGGCCGCCGCCGACCUGCGGGUUGCGCGCGAGGUGUUCGACGAAAUGGUGCAGGCCAUUGGAUUUUAUCCUGACAACGUGCCUGCCUAUGACUCCUUCCUCACUACGCUUGUUUCAAGUGACUCCUCCACGGCGCUACCGGAAGCAAUGGAGUACCUAAAUGUCUUGAGCAGGCACGGCUGUUCGCCAGGAGAGAAGUUCUUCCGUGCUGCUCUUGCUGCACACCUUGAUGCACGACAAUUGCGCGGAGCCAUGAAUCUCUGGGAUGACUUUGUUGGGCGUCGAGGACUCGUCCCAGAUAUGGAAAUGUACAACACAAUGAUCAAGCUGCAGGGCAGUCUCGGGCAUGCUGAGCUGAUAGUGGGUUAUCUCGACGACAUGAUCUCCAAUGGAGUCUUCCCUGAUACCAACACAUACAAUGUGGUCCUCCAGCUUUUGUUGAAGGGAAAGAAGCACCGAGAGGCAGCCGCAAUAUUUAGCGAGAUGGUCAAGAACGAAUGUUGGCCAAACGAGGGAAAUUGUUCACUUGCACUUCGCAUGUUUUUGGAUACACACUAUUGGGAGACUGGGAUCAAAGUCUGGUGCUGCAUGGUGGAGAAUGGCUUGCCACCUUUACAGGAGUGUGGGAACAUGCUUGUAGCAAAGCUGAAGGAUGACAGGCUACCUGAGGCAUGCAAAUAUGCAGAAGACAUGAUUGAUCGGGGUAUCAAGUUGAGUUCAGCGACACUGUCCAAGCUGAAGCAGCGCCUGCAGAGGAUUAAGAAAGGAGAGAUCCAUGAUCACCUGCUUGCAAAAUGGAAGGCACAUUAGUUUGUUGUGCUCCCUCGUAUGGGUAACCUGGUGCGAUCUCAGUGUUGACAAUGAGGUUGAGCCUUUUAUCACUCUGCAACGUUUCAAACAACAGUUGGAAGUCCCUUUCUAGUUUCUACAUUGAAAUUAUCAUAUUAAUCAGCUGGAGCAUUUGGGUCUCAAGGAGUGAGCUGGAACAUCUUCCAAGAAAUUCUACCGUCUGUAUCAAAUGGCUAAGCCUUUUUCAAGAAAGAGUUUGCCCAGGUUAUCCAUAGAGCAUAGAAGAAAUAUUUCCUUGAAGAAUGACUAGAGCGUCAGUUGUGGUCUUUUUUAAUAUCUUUUGUGUCCUUUUUUUGUUUCAUGAAUUUUGUUGCUUGCAGCUGUCUGGCUGCAAUUUAGGUAGCUGUUUCUUUUAUGUAUUUGCAUAAUUAUCAAUGCAACAUUCUAGGCGUAAAAGUGCAUUCUGACGUACCAGGU